AUGGCGGAGAGCGGCGACGUCGAAGGAUGUGGCAAGUGUUGCUGCAGCUUCAUAUUCACCUCAGGCUUAACAGCUCUCUUCAUGUGGCUAAGUUUACGUACCUCAAAGCCCACUUGCUCUGUACAGCAGUUUUUGGUUCCUUCACUUAACAAAACCGACAAUUCCACUACCACAAGGAACAACCACACCAUUUUCUUUGUCAUCAAGCUUGAUAAUGGGAUGAAAGACAAAGGCGUCCACUAUGAUCCCAUAAAUUUUACCUUUUUCUAUGGUCAAAAUUAUAGCUUUCCUAUAGCCACCUACACAGUGCCAGGGUUCUACCAGGGUCACGGUAAGCACACUGACCGGAGAUCGCUGCUGGAGGCCAACGGAGUGCCGUGGGUGGCAGCUUUUGAGGCUGUUUCAAAUGGUUCCACGGUGGCUUUUAGAGUGGGAUUGGCUACUAGAGUGAAGUUCAAGAUCUUGUUUUUUUAUACAAAGAGACACAAUCUGAUUGUGAAGGCGGAUAUACCGGUGGACGACUCCGGUAAGAAAAAGAAUAAGAAGGGUAUUAAACUCAAGUCCAACGCACCCCUUCAGAGGAGCCAUAGGCUGAGACUGGAAUUUGUGAUUGGACUAAUCAGUUUCAACUCACUCAACUUGGUUGUUCUUCUAUUGUAUCUGAAGUUGGUCUGA